AUGGGAAGGCGUGAAGCCAGGUGUAAACAAGAGCUCACAGCGAGGAUAACGUUACACUACGAGCUAACUACACAGCUCACUACCAAACUGGCACACAAGAGGAAACCAGAGAAGAGGAAGAGGAGCUGGAAAGAGACGAGGGAUGUGGAAACGUGUUGUUGUUGUGCCAGGAGAGGACCCAAUGACUUUGUGUUGACAGCAGAAGUGUUCGCAAUACGGCAGUUAUCCAAAAAUUUAACAACCAAUAUGCAUCAAAGGUCUUUUCAGCGCUCUUCUCAUUCUGGAAAUCGAGGAUCAUCAGGAAAGAUGUUCUUUGUAGCAGGGGCCAAAAGCUCAGGAGGAGGAGGCAGAGGAAAUGAAAGGAGAUCAAUCUAUCAAAAAUUUCGUGAAGUAGAUUUAUUGGACAAGAAGAAGACAGUGACAGCUCUAAAGCCCGGUGAAGAUCGAGCUAUUCUUCUGGGUCUUGGAAUGAUCCUCUCCUCAGUCAUGAUGUAUUUUGUUCUGGGGAUCACCAUAUUACGCUCCUAUGCAGACAGUGUGUGGACAGAGGAAGGUGUGUGUGUUGUUCUCAACUCCACGGUCACAGCAGACAUGAACUGUUCCUACAACUGUGGGUCAGACUGCUGGAGAGUCUCCAAAUACCCCUGUCUACAGGUUUAUGUGAGCGUCAAUAACACGGGCCGUGUCAGCCGUUUAUCUCACAAUGAAGAGACCCAGGACGCCAGCUCUGAAUGCUUCUAUGUGCCCAGAUGCCAGAAGGACAGCGUUGCUAUGCACACCGUGAUCAUGAACAUCUCUGAUCGUCUGAAGGUGAACCAGCAGGUCCCUUGUUACUACGACCCAAAUGAGCAGCAGGAGACCGUCCUCCUGACCCGUUUGUACGACCACAGCGUCGUCUUCCACUCCUUGCUCUGGCCCUCCUGCAUGCUCACAGGAGGCGCCCUCAUCAUUUUGAUGGUAAAACUCACGCAGUAUCUCUCCAGACUGUGUGAAGAGAUCGGGAAGAUCAAGAGGUGAAAUACGUGCAGCAGCUGUAAAAGCCAAGCAUAUGGUUUGGGGAUGGCAUGAGAAGGAUUUUUUUUUAACCAAAUCCCUGGCUGUGACCUCUCACA